AUGUCGACAAUAAACGCAGAAGACAACAGGGAUUCCUGCACAUCUUUCAAUGGACUGAACGAUUUUGUGGAGAGAUCAGACUCUUCUGGCCCUAGUGUUUUGUCCAUGAAGAGCGACCGAUCGAUGCAAAUGCCAAUUCAUUUGAAAAAUGGAUCAAUGGAAAAAAGACGUGAUUCAGAAAACCCUGAUGCCAAAAUUCAUAGAUUAAAAUCAGAAACAAAAAAGAAGCAUCUGUACAUUUUUGAAGGACUUGCAAAGCAGGGAAACUUAACACUCCUGAAUGAGAUCUACAUAGAGCUCUACAUCACAGAGGGAGGGAAUGGAGAGAUCAGUAAUGAACAUGAAAUUAAAAGGAUAGAAAAAACAUUGAAGACUGCAGCAGGAGCAACAAUACCAAUCAAAUGCAAUGAAAUCUUUAGAGCUUUACCUGGACAAGGCAAACCCAUCAGAACUGUGCUGACAAAAGGAGUCGCUGGCAUUGGAAAAACAGUCUCUGUGCAGAAGUUCAUCCUGGACUGGGCUGAAGGGAAAGAGAAUCAGGACGUCCAGCUCAUAUUUCCACUUCCUUUCAGAGAGCUCAAUCUGAUGAAGGACAAAAAACUCAGUCUUUCAGAUCUUCUUUACAUCUUUUUUCCUGAUACCAAAGAAAUGGAAAUCUCCAGUGACAAAUAUAAAAGAAUCAGUGAUCAGAGUCUGGCCGAUAGAAUCAUCUCACACCUGAAGUCAUCAAGGAGCCUCUACAUCAUGUGCCACAUCCCAGUGUUCUGCUGGAUCUCAGCCGCUGUUCUCGAGAAGAUGUUGAGUCAAGCAGAGAGUGGAGAGAUUCCCAAGACUCUCACUCAAAUGUACACACACUUCCUGAUGGCACAGAUUAACAUCAAAGACAUGAAGUACAAUGAGAAAAAGGACAAAGACAAAGAGAUGAUUUUCAAAUUAGGGAAACUGGCAUAUGAGCAACUGGAAAAAGGCAACCUGAUCUUCUAUGAGGAAGACCUGAGAGAGUGUGGCAUUGAUGUGACAGAAGCAUCAGUGUACUCAGGAUUGUGCACUCAGAUCUUCAGAGAGGAGUUUGGCUUGUAUCAGGGGAAAGUCUUCUGUUUUGUUCAUCUCAGCAUUCAGGAACAUCUAGCGGCUCUAUAUGUGCACCUCUUCUUCCACAAUGGCGGCAAAAAUGUGCUUGUAGUGGGUGAAGCAAAGGAAUCAGAUAUUAAUGUUAUACUCAAAUGUGCAGCUGAUAAAACUUUAGAAAGUAAGAAUGGACAUCUUGAUCUCUUUCUUCGCUUUCUCAUGGGACUUUCAAUGGAGUCAAAUCAGGCUCUCCUAGAUAGGUUUUUGAUGAAAAGAAAAAUCUUUCCCCAGGACACAGUGAAAACUAUUAACUAUCUUAAGGAAAUUUUAAAAACAUGUUGUCCAGAAAUGAGUGUCCUUCUGUUCCACUGUCUAAAUGAACUUAAUGAUCAUUCUCUAUAUGAUGAAAUCCAAAGGUACAUGACCUUGGGAAAAGUUAAAGAAAUCCAGUCCCAAGAACUUGGGUUGGCUCUGAUGUACAUUUUAAUGACAUCAGAUGAGCAGUUUGAUGAAUUUGAACUACGUAAAUAUGGUAGAUCAGACAGAAUCCUUAACUGGCUGCAACCUGUAAUCAAGUUGUCUACCAAGGCCUGGUUGCAUGACUGCAAUAUCACAGAAAGCGGCUGUUUAACACUGUCUACGCUUCUUUCAUCACUAUCCAAUGUGAGAGAGAUGGACCUGAGCCACAACAACCUGCAGGACUCAGGGGUAGAAAUACUCAGUGCAGGAGGAAAGAAAUCACGCUAUGCACCAAAACUAAUGAGGAAAUGGUUAGGCAUUAAGGAAAAUGAAGAAAACAAUCUCCAUUAUGAAGCUUUUAUGUCUGCCACUGCUGGACUACAGGACACAGAGUGCACACUGGAAUCCUUGAAUCUGGAGAACUGUGGAGUAACAGAAGCAGGCUGUGUUUACCUGAGCAAAGCUCUGAGUUCAAACCCUUCACACCUGAGAGUGCUGGACCUGAGCUGUAAUGACAUAGGAGACUCUGGAGUGAAACAUCUCUGUGCUUCUCUGGUGAAAGUUCAGUGUGCAUUUGAAACACUGAGGUUGGACAAAUGUGAAAUCACUGAGAAAUGUUGCACCGCUUUAGCUUCAGCUCUCAGCUUAAAGACCUCCAGUCUGACAGAUCUGGAUCUGAGCAUUAAUGAUCUGCAAGACUCAGGGGUGAAGAAGCUCUGUCUCGGACUACAAAGUCCUCACUGUAAACUAGAGAAGCUAAGGUUGUCCAAGUGUAAAGUUACACAUGAAGGUGUGACAGCACUGACUGAAGCUCUGAAAUCAAAUCCAUCCCACCUGAAAGAACUUGAUCUCCUUGAGAAUGAUCUGGAAGAGUCAGACUUAAAUGUGCUCUCCAUGAUAUUGGACAAGUCAUCAUAAAACAGUGAUCAUUUAGAU